UCCGUGUCCCAGCCACUGACCGACGCUCGCUCAGGGGCGCAUUGACGAUCGAUCGCUCGCUCGCUCGCGCUCGCAAUUGCCGACGCCUUGACUCGAUUCGGGGCGCGAUUUCGAAUUCGCCUCGAUUGCCGUGGAGCGCUCGCUGCCAGGGCGACCGGCGAUCGCCGCAAAUUUCCGGCCCUUCUUCGGGAUUGGGCUCGCUCAGAUUUCCUCGCUUUCGGUUUGGGCUGUUGGAGCGAUUUGUACUCGGUGCUUUUCGGCAGGCCGAGCUCCCGAGCAGUUGGGCUGGUGGGGCUGCGCGAGGCAUGCCCCGCGGGGGCGUCGUUGCGCAUGAGGACAGCUUGUUGCUCGGUGGAUUCGUGCGGAGCUCGCGCAUUUUUUCCGUAUUUAAGCUCUGAGGCCCAGGGUCGAUUUUAGGGUUCGGUGUGCACUGGCGAUGGGAUCCGUGUGACCUGCGGGCGAGCGAGAUGAUGAUUUUGUGACGGUCUUUUCGAGUCGGUGGGUAUGUCUCCCGGAGGCUUUGUUGCGGCCGAUUUUCAGACGCUGCCGAGUGGAUAGGCUGAAGAUUCAGGGAUGUCUCGAGCGCUGGUGGUGGUGAAAUCCGCGUUUCGUGGCGGAGGAUUAUCCUCGUCGGAAGAAUAGACGCUUUAUGUCUCAUGGAGAGUCUUGUGGAGCGCGGAGCGUUCUGGCCGAGAAUGUGACGGUCAUGUGGGCAUUAUUUUCUUCACUCCGAGGACUCUCAGGGAGUCUGGUCUUGUGCGAAAUUUCUCCCGUCGGAGAUUGGCCCCCACGAGGAGUGUGUUCGACCGUAGUACUGGUCCCCGCUUCCACCUGAAUCAUUAGCCCGUAGAUGUUCAUAUCUAUUGUUAGACCCGUGGCAAUUCGUAUCCUUUUUACGCAACGACAGGGAAUCGACCUCUCCUAUUUCAAGUAGCUUGGUUUCUCCGAGAGAAGCAGAAAUGGGGAAGAAUCAGGCGUACAAGGCCAUGCAGAGGGCGAAGAUGGCUUCUCAUACCGCUGCAGGCGGUCCCGAUGAAAUUGAUGACGGAAUGAUGGACGGAUCUUUCCAUUCACCAGAGUGGCAUGCAGCACGCUUGGCGAGUCUACAAACAUCUCAUACUGUCACCUGGGAGGAGUGGAAACAAAAGCAGAAGGAAGACGCAAAGAGACAGGGCGAGCUAGAGGAUGACGAGGCGCGAAUGAUGCGUGAGUACAGAGCUCAGCUCGAUGCCGAGCGUGCCCGUAAGCUCGCUCGAGGGAAAAAUCACCUCGAUAAGAGAGAGAAACUGAGAAAGGAGAAGAAGGAGAAAGAGAAGGAGAAGAGCCGUAGUGGCAAGAAGAGGAAGAAGUCAUCGAAGAGGCGGAGAGGAAAAAGCGAUGCAGAUUCCGACUCAGAAACCUCAAGCAGCGACGAGGACGAGCGCGAGUACAGGAAGGAGAGAAGAAAGUCAAAGAAGGACAAGAAGGACAAGAAGCACAAAUCGAGAAGAAAACGCUCGCGGAGCUCGAGCGAUGAGAGCUCGAGCGAUAGAGAGGAGUCGGGCCCCCUACCGCUUUCGUGCUAUUUCGAAAAUGGGAAGUAGACGAGAAUUUCGAACCUGAGUGAGUCUCACGCACAUUUUCGCUCGCUUUGGACCGAUGCCUCCUCGGACAGAACAUGGAACGAUUAAAUUCUCACUGCGGGAGGGAGGGAUGAAGAUCUGGAGGGCGGAUCACGAGGUGGCUCGGUCGAUGGAAACUAGCACUACACUGUAGCACGGACUUCUUUUUUCUCGUCCAUGGUUGAGACUGGACGCAAUUGGUUCAGUCUUAGUCUUACAGUGCUAUUUGCCACACGUUGGGUUCAUUGGCCCUCCGUGUUCAUGUGGAAUAGAACAGCCAGCCGUUUGAGGUUUUUUCACUGGUGUGUAAGUUCGGAGGAAACCUUCAACUUGUUUCACAGGAAAUUUGUGAUGAGAAGUAAAAUUAUUUGGAUAUUUGU